CUGUAAUUGAAUUGAAACAAACAGACUCUCACGACGGCAUAUUGCCAAAUAUAAUCAUCUUAACCACUCUCAGCGAAAGGACAGAACCCCCAAAGGUCCAAGCAGCAGCACGGAACAUCGAACCGUUUGAAAUCGACGGAUUUUCUCAUCUCUAUGCUACGCUCAACGUGCCCAUGUACAGCAGAGACCCAUGGAUUAUCUGAUCCGCCUCGCCCAGGCACACGAGAGCUUUCGAUUGCCCGAGCUCGAAGCGCUGGCCAGGCUCGCAGGCAUCCGUUGCGAGGUUAUUUCUUACUCUGAAGAUUCACCAUUCUGUCACGUUCGUUUCCACGAUCUACCCGGCAAAUCGACAUCGUUAGAGGCUCUCGACGAUGUCGACCAGGUGGUCCGGGACUUCGAGUCGCGCGCCAUUCUGUCGAAAUGCAUCUACGAGAUCUGGGGUCAGGGACGAGACUAUGACGAACUACACGCAGACGUCAAGGCCCGGAGCCGGCAUCUCUGGCACAGAUUCCAGCAGGUCUCAUUCAAAUUCUCGGUCGACAGCUACGGGACAACACAUGAUCCGGCAAAGCAGCGGCAGAUCAUCGACUCGUUCAGCUAUCUCGAAUUCAAGGGCAGAAUCAGGAUGAAGAACCCCGAGAUUGAAUUUGCGGUCUUGGAGGAGUGGCUGCCACUUGACUUCCCAUCUCGGGGAGAGACGGCUGGCUCGGCUGUUGGUGCAGCUAUAGACACUGUGACAGGCACAACUCUCAGAAAGGUCUCCCUGGGUCGUAAGAUCGGAGGGUCGCGGCGCUGGUUAAGAGAGAAACAUGACCUCAAGAAGAGGCCUUACAUAUCCACCACGUCAAUGGACGCGGAAUUGGCGCUACUGACUGCCAACAUGGCGCUGGCUAGUCCUGGCAAAAUAUUUCUCGAUCCCUUCGUUGGGACGGGAGGCUUCACGGUCGCUGCAGCUGAGCUGGGUGCUGUGGUCCUCGGCUCGGAUAUCGAUGGUCGGAGUUUCCGUGGCAAGGGCCUCGGUUUAGACAAGGGAGUCGGAGCCAAUUUCAAGAAAUAUGGCCUUUCACAUCUCUUCGCAGAUUGCAUUACUUCAGAUCUGACCAACACUCCUUUUCGCAGUCCGACCAAGACACAGCAAUCCACCGGCGUCAGAUGGCUAGACGGCAUCAUAUGUGACCCUCCAUAUGGGGUCCGAGAAGGCUUGAAGGUGCUGGGAACGAGGAAAGCUGCUGCUUUCUCAUCAACUGAUAAUGUGAGCGAUGGCUCGGAGACAACCACUCCGCCAGCCGUACAUCUCAUCGACGGCGUCCCUGCUCACACACGUCCGGGGUAUAUUGCGCCCAAGAAGCCCUAUUCCUUCUCGCGGAUGCUUGACGACAUUCUAGACUUCGCUGCCAGGACGUUGCUCGAUGGUGGUCGACUCGCCUUUUGGAUGCCUAGUGCGAAUGAAAAUGAGUUGGGAGAGGAGGAAGUGACCGUCAUACCCACCCAUCCAUCUCUGGAACUCAAGCACGAAUGCGUGCAGAGGUUCAACAAAUGGAGUCGAAGGCUGUUGGUCUACGAGAGGAUUCCCGGUUCCGGAGACUCAGAGUUAGAAGUCGAAAUGGUUCGGCGUGGUGUGGCGGAAAUGGCCGGAACGCUCCAGACAGCUGAUGAGCUGAAUCCGUUCCGUAAGAGAUAUUUUGAGGCGUUUGUAGGUCGAAAUGGCAGCUAGCAUUCGCC